GCACUUUUAUUAUAUCAAGUUCAAUAAUCUAGACGGACAAUUUGCUAUAGAAAUCUGUACGCGAAAUCUUUGAAAAUGUUGGUUUGCAUCUUAUUUUGUUGCCUUGUCAUUCAAAGUGUAAGUGGACAUGAUCAUCAAAAUGACAUACCGGACGCUGAUUGUAACCAAAUAUGUAUUGCUAUUGGGGCUCCUGUAUGUGGAUCUGACGGAAAGACAUACGGACAUGCUUGUGAAUUCAACAUUGGACAGUGUAAAAAUGAAGAACUGAAAUUGUCUCAUACUGGACCUUGUCCUGUUCAGCUGAAUGGAUACAAAUAAAGAUAAAUUCAGCGAUUCUUUAGUUGUUUAUAAAAGUUGCAUCUUUCUAAUUAUCAACGAAAUGUUUCAUUUGUAACAUGUUCUUAUUGGACAUAAAAUGUAAGGACUAUGGCGUUGAAUUUAGAGUAAGAUGCUGAACAAAACUUCAGAACUGACAGCGUGAUAUGUUCGAUCAUACAGUUUUUGUUUUACUAUCUCUACGAUAUCAUUUAAUAAACAACUGCUGGAAUUAAAACAGAGAGUGUAAUCUUGAUAAUGUAAACUGAAUGUAUAUAUUUGACAUCCAAAGGAAAAUAAAGUCUAUUACGGUAAAAGUUUGAUUGAAAAUAAUUUUGACAAUUAUAGUCAAUAAAAUUCUCACUGAUGUACAAUUAUAAAAAAAAAUCGAAUUAAUGUCAACAGAAAUAGACAUUUUGUAAUUUCGGUUUCUACAACCAUGAAAAUAGG